UCCGGUUGCAAGAUGUUGUCACGCUGGUCGCGCUUAGUUACUGAUAAAAAACUAACCAUCCAACUGCUGCGCAGUACGGGUCAUGGAACGACACGGAAUUACGGCACCGAUAAAAAGUUCAGCAUCAAAGACGAAGUACUAGAUGGCCGGCCGCUCUACCUGGAUGCCCAAGCGACCACAUCGAUGGAUCCGCGCGUCCUCGAUGCCAUGAUGCCGUACUUGACCGCUUACUACGGUAAUCCCCACUCGCGAACGCACGCGUACGGCUGGGAGACGGAGGAAGCCGUGGAGAAGGCCCGCGCCCAGGUCGCUUCCCUUAUUGGGGCCGAUCCGAAGGAGGUCGUGUUUACGUCCGGUGCCACAGAAUCGAACAACAUCUCGGUGAAGGGUAUUGGGCGGUUCUAUGGCGUGAAGAAAAAGCACAUCAUCACCACACAGACCGAACACAAGUGCGUGCUGGAUUCGUGCCGUGCGCUGGAGGGAGAAGGCUUUCACGUCACCUAUCUCCCGGUACAAUCGAACGGACUCAUCAGCAUGGAAGAGCUGGAGAAAGCAAUCACACCGGAAACAUCACUCGUGUCCAUCAUGACGGUCAACAACGAGAUUGGCGUGAAGCAACCAAUCGCGGAGAUCGGGCGCCUGUGCAAGGCGAAGAAGGUGUUUUUCCACACCGACGCCGCGCAAGCCGUGGGCAAGAUACCGCUCGACGUGAACAAGAUGAACAUCGAUCUGAUGUCCAUCUCGGGGCACAAAAUUUACGGCCCCAAGGGCAUCGGUGCGCUGUAUGUGCGGCGCAAGCCGCGCGUUCGCGUCGAAGCGAUCCAGAGCGGCGGUGGACAGGAGCGUGGGCUGCGCAGUGGCACCGUACCGACACCGUUGGCUGUCGGGCUGGGUGCCGCCUGUGAGAUAGCGGCCCGCGAGAUGGCCUACGAUCAUCGGUGGAUGGAGUUUCUGUCCAAGCGGUUGAUGGAUAAGAUAUUUGCGGAGCUGCCGCAGGUUAUCCGGAACGGCGAUCCGGUCCAAUCGUAUCCGGGCUGCAUUAAUCUGUCGUUCGCGUACGUCGAGGGUGAGUCGCUGCUAAUGGCGCUGAAGGAUGUUGCCCUUUCCAGCGGGUCCGCGUGUACGUCCGCUUCGCUGGAACCUUCGUACGUGUUGCGUGCGAUCGGUACGGAUGAGGAUUUGGCCCACAGCUCGAUACGCUUCGGCAUCGGCCGGUUCACGACGAUCGAGGAGGUGGACUAUACGGCGGAGAAGUGCAUCAAGCAUGUGACGCGGUUGCGCGAAAUGUCUCCACUGUGGGAGAUGGUGCAGGAGGGUGUCGAUAUAAAGAGCAUCAAGUGGUCGCAGCAUUGAGCGAGAUAGAGAGUACAUCGUGGAAAUGGUGCAAGUCUCGAGUGGGCGACAGUUGUAUCGUUAACGAAACGGUUCGUUUUCUUAUCAUAGUUUUCGCCCCCCUUCAACAAUGGGGACACUGAAGCUUCAAUCACAUUGUAAAUUUAUUGUGAAACAAAACUAAAUACACUGUAUAUUUUAUGUUA